UUCCGAGUUUCCAAAAUGGCGCAAUGCACGUUGAAUCAAAUCUAUCUUAUUUUUACAAGUUUUCUCCUCCUAUGUACAGAAUUAUUAGCCGAUCCUGAAGCUCAGGGAAGCUAUCUUAAAAGAGAGCACUCUUUAAUGAAACCAUAUCAAGGUGCUGGUAUGACCAUUCCAGACUGGGAUCUGGGUGGAAAUACAUUUGUCUCUAACGAUUACAUAAGAUUGACUCCUGAUCAUCAGAGUAAAAGAGGAUCACUCUGGAACAAUAUUCCUUGUUAUUUACACAACUGGGAGAUGUUGAUACACUUUUCUGUUCACGGUCAAGGCACCACAAUGUUUGGUGAUGGCUUUGCCUUUUGGUAUGCAAGAGAUAGAUUAAGAGAAGGACCAGCCUUUGGCAGUCAGAGCAAUUUUUAUGGUCUAGGAGUGUUUUUCGAUACAUAUAAUAAUCAUAAUGGAGAGCAUAGUCAUGAACAUCCUUACAUCUCAGCAAUGAUCGGUAAUGGAUCCAAUGCAUAUGAUCACGACAGAGAUGGAACUCACAACCAAGUAGAAGGAUGCUCUGCUCAGUUUAGAGGUCAAGAACAUGAAACAUUUGCCAUUGUCCGCUACCUAGGUGCAAAGGAGCGACUUACUGUAUUAACCGAUGUAGAUGGCAGAGGAGAGUGGAGGGAGUGUUUUGAUGUGAGAGGAGUCAAGCUACCCACAGGACUGUACUUUGGGGUGUCUGCAGCCACAGGAGAACUUGCAGAUAACCAUGACAUAAAAUCUAUGAAGUUGUUUGAAGUUGAAGUACCUGAAGGAGAUGAAAAGAAAGCCGGUGAUGAAGUAGACUUAACCCAGAUUGUACCCUUUGCUGAUGGAGCUGAAAAAUACAGAGACCACAUAGAUGAUCCAAAAGGAAGCUUCUCCACACGUACCAGCAAGAUUUUCACUUGGCUUUUCUGGUUUGCUGUCAUCGUUUGCAUUCUCUGUGGUGUCGGGUUUUACUUUUACCAAAAACAACAAGUUGAUGCUCGGAAAAGGUUUUACUAAAAUGUACCUAGCACACAGUACUAAUGGCAGACCGCUUCCUUCAGCACCAGGCGUUCAAGGCUUCCAGUUGCUGUAGUGAAGCGGAAUUGUGAUUCCAUGAUUUGAAUUCGAUAAAAACCUAUCAGAGCUAAACAGAGAAUUACAGAUACUAAGAGUGUCAUUUGAAGCUGAAAUCGCAAAUCGUUAGUCACCGAACAUAACCCAUGCAAAUUGUUGCUUGGAAGCUGCUAGGAUAUUCUCUUUUUGCUACUUUUUUUUGCAAUCUUAGUGUUAUCAAAGCCAAGAGUAUCCCAUCCAUGCGACAUAUGAAAGUAGCUGUUGUUUGGUUUCUGUGAUAAAUGUUGUACACAAUUUUGUCAUACUUUAUUUUUUGUGCUGUGAAAUUAUGUUUUUGCUUGGAGGACUUUGAUCAAGAUGCUUCCCAAUAAUAUGAGUAUGAGAUUCUGGUGCCAUCGUUAUCUUAAUAGGAACACCAUUAAUUGAAAGCUGAACAGUUUCUUGAAGUGCAAAAUUUUCCGUGAUUUCAGUUUACAAUGUUGUUAAUAAUGAACUGCCAAAAAAGUCUUUCUCUGA